ACUUCGGUCCCUUCGUCUUGUCGUGUAAAGCUUCUCAUCGUGCAGUAUUCAGCCUCAACAUUGUUCCUUUGCUCCCCCAUCUCUUGCUUGCUUCCUGAGCUCUUUCCUCGGCGUCUUCUUUGGUUUCUCUCUUUGUUUUCUUCUCCUUUAUCAGAAUGGUCUAACUCUCUGUUUCCAACCACGAGAGCAGCAAUGUCAUCCACAUCGAAAGUGCCGCUCCUCCCAAGACAUACCCAUGAAAUCGGCGAGAGCUCCUCGUCGGGGGAUCCUCCGACUGAAGGGUCGUCAACCUUGCAGGCUCAGAUCGUCGCCCGUCAGGAGGAAAUCCGCCGUCUCAUUCUGCAAAUUCAAAAGGUCGAGCACCGCAUGUAUAUGCGGAUACACGGCAAGGAAUGGUACCCGGAGGAAAGGCGCGAGAACGAAGACCGGCUGUGGGACUGCAAGAACAAGAAGGCCCAGCUGACAUCGAGGACCAAUAAUCUGAUCAAGCAAACCGAAGAAUCCAAAGCAAUGGUUUCAGCACUGGCUUCAAAGAUUGAUUUGUUGAGAAGGAUCAAACCCACUGAGCCACAAGUGCAUGAUCCUGAAAUCCGUCAGAAAACUAAGAAAGAGGAUUGAACACGAACAAAAGUGGAGGCAGAUUGACCGGACUAGGAGAGUGUUUUUACUUGUCCAACACGUCUCCCGGAAGAUCUACUCUCUUUGGAGGAUACCUAUUUCAGAAUUCUACAACUGAUACUUUUAUGGUGCU